UAUAUCUAUAUAUAUAAGCUGCUGAGCUAUUUUUUUUUAACGAUGGAUACGCACACCCGGUGGAAAACGAGGACUUGCAUUCGGGACUUUGCAUUGAAGUUAUCAGUACUAAUUAUUUGUUUCACAGUUUACACCAAUGCAGCUGAACCAGCGGAUAUCUUGAAGAUUUUAGAUUUUGCAUCGUUCCCUGAAGGUAUAGAGAAGACGACAGGUAUGUGCGAGCCCAGAAGAUCAUCAAAGGGAGCAGAUGUUGCCUACAAAGUUCGGAAAGAAGCUCAGCUCAGUGCACCAACCAAACAGAUAUAUCCAAAAUCCCCCUUUCCCGAGAAUUUCUCUAUCCUGACAACACUAAGAGCCAAAAAGGGAAGGGGCUCGUUCCUGCUCUCCAUCUACAACGAGCAGGGAAUCCAGCAACUGGGGGUGGAGAUUGGGCGGAGUCCCAUCUUCCUGUAUGAAGAUCAAACUGGGAAACCAAGUGCCGAGAACUACCCGGUCUUCAAUGGCAUCAACCUGGCGGAUGGCAAGUGGCACCGAAUUGCUAUCAGCGUCCACAAGAAGACAGUCACCCUGAUCCUGGACUGCAAAAAGAAAUCGACCAAAGCCCUAGAGAGGAGCAAGAGGCCGGUCGUCGACACCAAUGGCAUUUUUGUGUUCGGCACCAGAAUCCUGGAUGAAGAUGUCUUUGAGGGGGAUAUCCAGCAACUGAUGCUGGUGUCAGACCACCGAGCGGCGUACGAUUACUGUGAACACUACAGCCCUGACUGCGAGACCCCCAUUCCUGAGGCCGUGCAAUCCCAGGACCCCAACCAGGGGGACUAUGAGGAUCUGGAGGGGAAUUAUUAUUACGAAUAUCCUUAUUAUGAAAACUUCCCGGAUGAUUACAAAGACGGACCCACCGAGAGGACACUGGAGCCAGAGUACGGGGAGGUCACGGGCUCCCUCACCGAAGACGAGGAGGAGGGGACGGUGACGACGGCGGUGGGGGAGGAAGAGGCAGUGUUGGAGGGAACGGCGAACACCGAGGUGGAGGAGAAAAAGACAGAGGAAACGGGGAACGUGGAAGGAGAACGCUCGGUGGUGCACGUGACCAACAGCGCAGACAAUUACGAGCCGGAGGAGCUGACCGACGACUAUUAUCAUUACAAUUACAAUUACAAUUACAACGAUACCUACGGCUAUGGCGAAGAGAAUCCCACAGAUGGGGACAACAGCUUGGACAAUGACCUCUCUGUCACCCAUGAAGCAACAAGCAACCACAGCAAGGUGGAGGUGGAGAAGAAGCAAGAUCACGGAUCGGGUUGGAACAACACGUUCACGGAGGAGGUGGUCACGGACGAGAAUCUGGAUGACCAGUACGAGGUGUAUUAAUUACGACGACGAGGAUACCGACUCGGUGAUCGGCAACGGAUCCCGGCAACAACCGAUGCUGAGUACGCCAGGCAGGGGAACGGCGUGAGGGGAGAGAAGGGCCAGAAAGGGGAGCCGGCCGUCAUCGAGCCGGGAAUGCUGAUCGAGGGUCCCGUUGGGCCUGAAGGCCCGGCUGGUAGAACCGGCCACUCGGGCUCCCCCGGACCCCCAGGCCCCAUCGGGGACCCCGGUGACAGAGGGCUCCCAGGCCGGUCGGGCCUCCCAGGAGCUGAUGGAUUACCGGGACGCCCUGGGACCAUGCUCAUGCUGCCGUUCCGGUUUGGGGCGAGCGGUGGAGAUAAAGGGCCCUCUGUGUCUGCUCAGGAAGCUCAAGCACAGGCCAUCCUACAACAAGCCCGGCUGGCGAUGAGAGGCCCAUCCGGUCCCAUGGGGCUGACUGGCCGUCCAGGGCCUUUAGGGCCGCCUGGCAGCUCGGGGCUGAAAGGUGAAUUGGGAGACUCGGGGCCUCAGGGUCCUCGCGGGACUCAGGGACCCCCAGGCCCUGGGGGAAAGCCAGGCCGCAGGGGCCGGUCAGGGGCGGACGGAGCGAGAGGAAUGCCAGGAUUAUCAGGACCAAAGGGUGAACGCGGUUUUGAUGGGUUGCCAGGGUUACCUGGUGAGAAGGGGAACAGGGGAGACUCAGGCCCACAAGGUGCAACUGGACCAUUGGGAGAUGACGGCGAGCGAGGCGAUGAUGGAGAAGUGGGUCCCCGUGGUCUCCCGGGCGAGCCUGGUAGUCGUGGUUUACUUGGACCAAAAGGACCCUCAGGACUCCCUGGACAGACUGGUGUUACGGGAAUGGAUGGACAUCCUGGUCCUAAGGGAAGCCAGGGUCCCCAAGGUGAGCCUGGACCCCCCGGACAGCAGGGUAACCCAGGGGCUCAGGGUCUCCCUGGUCCCCAAGGAGCGAUUGGUCCCCCAGGCACUAAAGGUCCAACUGGCAAACCAGGGCUUCCAGGCAUGCCCGGACUCGAUGGCCCACCCGGUCAUCCUGGCAAAGAGGGUCCUUCCGGAGACAAAGGCAGCCCGGGUCCCCCAGGUCCCCAGGGACCGAUUGGCUAUCCAGGGCCUCGUGGGAUCAAGGGAGCUGAUGGGAUUCGUGGAUUGAAAGGAACCAAAGGUCUUAAGGGUGAAGAAGGCUUCCCAGGAUUCAAAGGCGACAUGGGAAUAAAGGGCGACAGAGGGGAGCUCGGGCCUCCGGGACCCAGGGGCGAGGACGGGCCUGAGGGCCCUAAAGGUCGUACGGGCCCCAUCGGAGAGUCAGGGCCAGCAGGACCCGUGGGUGAGAAGGGCAAGCUGGGAGUGCCAGGCUUACCGGGGUACCCGGGUCGACAAGGGCCGAAGGGUUCCAUCGGAUUCCCAGGGUUCCCAGGAACAAACGGGGAGAAAGGAGCGAGGGGUACACCAGGGAAACCAGGUCCAAGGGGACAGAGGGGCCCGACGGGCCCACGUGGUGAGCGAGGCCCAAGAGGUUCCACAGGAAAGCCUGGCCCUAAGGGUACCUCAGGGAAUGAUGGACCGCCCGGGCCAUCAGGCGAGAGGGGGCCUCCAGGACCUCAAGGACCCACUGGAUUUCCAGGUCCCAAAGGCCCUCCCGGCCCGGCAGGGAAGGAUGGUUUGCCCGGACACCCAGGGCAGCGAGGUGAAACCGGUUUCCAGGGCAAAACAGGCCCCCCUGGGCCUCCUGGUGUGGUUGGACCACAGGGCGCCACGGGAGAAACAGGCCCACUCGGGGAACGUGGUCACCCAGGACCUCCUGGCCCUCCAGGGGAGCAGGGCCUUCCUGGGUCGGCUGGCAAAGAAGGUUUGAAGGGUGACCCUGGUCCAUCCGGACCUCCCGGCAAGGAUGGACCCCCAGGACUCCGAGGCUUCCCUGGUGAUCGAGGUCUUCGUGGCCCUGUUGGUAACCUCGGUCUGAAGGGCAGCGAAGGGCCUCCAGGUCCCCCAGGCCCAUUGGGCUCCCCAGGCGAUCGAGGACAAGCCGGCCCAGCGGGUCCCAUUGGCCUGCCAGGGCGGCCCGGACCUCAAGGACCUCCGGGACCUGGUGAAAAGGGAGCCCCGGGUGAGAAAGGACCCCAGGGGCCAGCAGGCCGAGACGGUAUCCAGGGCCCAGUAGGUCUUCCUGGCCCAGCAGGUCCUUCAGGCCCUCCAGGUGAAGAUGGAGACAAGGGUGAAAUUGGCGAGCCAGGUCAGAAGGGAAGUAAAGCUGAAAAGGGAGAGCAGGGUCCACCUGGCCCUUCAGGUCCUCAAGGCCCAAUUGGACAGCCCGGCCCGGCUGGUGCUGACGGUGAGCCUGGACCCAGAGGGCAACAGGGUCUCUUUGGCCAGAAAGGAGAUGAAGGUCCAAGGGGUUUCCAUGGUCCUCCCGGUCCAGUUGGUCUUCAGGGAUUACCAGGCUCAGCAGGUGAUAAAGGUGAAACGGGAGAUGUGGGUCCAAUGGGUCCCCCUGGCCCUCCAGGACCCAGAGGUCCCUCCGGUGCUCCAGGAGCAGAUGGACCUCAAGGUCCUGCUGGAGGAAUCGGAAAUCCCGGAGCAGUGGGAGAGAAGGGAGACUCCGGUGAAUCAGGCGCACCUGGCCCUCCUGGGGACAUUGGGUUUCCGGGUCCCAAAGGAGAGCGAGGAGAGAAAGGUGAGGCUGGACCUUCUGGUUCUGCUGGUCCUCCAGGGCCUAAAGGACCUCCCGGUGACGAUGGUCCAAAGGGCAGCCCUGGUCCGGUUGGCUUCCCCGGCGACCCAGGACCCCCUGGAGAGUCUGGUCCUCCUGGUCAAGAUGGACCUCUCGGUGACAAGGGUGAAGAUGGUGAACCUGGUCAGACGGGUUCUCCUGGUCCCACUGGUGAGCCUGGUCCUCCUGGGCCCCAGGGUAAGAGGGGUCCGACUGGUCUACUCGGCCCUGAAGGGAGAGAGGGAGAGAAAGGAGCUAAGGGUGACACUGGUCAUGAAGGUCCUCCUGGUAAAACAGGCCCGGUCGGUCCACAGGGCUCACCGGGCAAGCCAGGCCCAGAAGGUCUCCGAGGAAUCCCAGGCCCUGUGGGUGAACAAGGCUUGCCAGGCUCUUCGGGUCCCACGGGUCCUCCCGGCCCAAUGGGUCCCCCUGGAUUGCCAGGCCUCAAAGGAGAUCCUGGUCCUAAGGGAGAGAAGGGACACCCUGGUCUAAUCGGUUUAAUCGGGCCUCCUGGAGAGCAGGGUGAGAAGGGUGACCGAGGUCUCCCAGGUCCUCAGGGAUUGGGAGGUCAUAAAGGAGACACGGGUGUCCAUGGCCCCUCCGGCCCUCUUGGACCUCCCGGCCCACCUGGCUUGCCUGGCCCCCCUGGUCCCAAAGGCUCCAAAGGCUCCAGUGGUACGACUGGUACUAAAGGUGAAACAGGAAUCCCCGGUCCCGCUGGGCCACCUGGCCCUCCUGGAGAAGUGAUCCAGCCUUACCCAAUGCAAGCCUCAAAGAGAGCCAAGCGGUCCAUCGAUGCCAGCCAAUUCCUGGACGGAGGGAAUCCUGACAAUUACCUGGACUAUGCUGACGGCAUGGAGGAGAUCUUUGGCUCUCUGAACUCCUUGAAACUGGAGAUCGAGCAAAUGAAACACCCAAUGGGCACGCAGAACAACCCUGCGCGUACCUGCAAGGAUCUGCAGCUCUGCCACCCGGAUUUCCCUGAUGGUGACUAUUGGAUCGAUCCUAACCAAGGCUGUUCCAAAGAUUCCUUCAAAGUCUUCUGCAACUUCACAGCCGGAGGAGAGACGUGCAUCUUCCCCGAUAAGAAAUCUGAGGGAGCUAGAAUUACCAGCUGGCCAAAGGAAAUACCAGGCUCCUGGUUCAGUGAAUUCAAGCGUGGUAAACUGCUCUCCUAUGUGGACGCUGACAGCUACCCCAUCGGGGUGGUGCAGAUGACAUUCCUCAAACUCCUGAGCGCGUCCGCCAGUCAGAACCUCAGUUACGUGUGCCACCAGAGCGUGGCUUGGUACGAGGAGGCCACUGACAGCUACGACAAAGCCAUCCGCUUCCUGGGCUCCAACGACGAGGAGAUGUCCUACGACAACAACCCCUACAUCCAGGCCAUCGCUGACGACUGUGCGUCAAAGAAAGGCUACCAGAAAACGAUAUUAGAGAUAAACACUCCGAAGGUGGAGCAACUGCCCUUCAUCGAUGUCAUGUUCAACGACUUUGGAGAAUCAGGCCAGAAGUUUGGCUUCAAGAUUGGACCUGUGUGCUUUGCCGGGUAAACGGAGCCGCCAAAAAGAGAGAGAGAGAGAGAGAGGACUUCGGCAGAUCACAAACGUAUGUUCGGAAAAAAAAAACACAAAGAAAUUUGACAAAAAAAAUCACCCGAAGAAAAAAAAGGCUGAAAUCGUCUCCGCAUCACAACAUUGUAACCUCAUUGUGCUUUUGUCACAUGCACGUUCCGAACCUGGAGCGGCACAGAGCUGGAGCCCGACGUUCUACCCUGCCCCCCCACCCUCACCCACCCCCCCGCUGGCGCUGCCGAAGAAAGCCCUGUGAAUCUUCAACUUCCCCUUAUUCGCUCCCCCCACACCCACAUCCUCCCCAUGACCCUCC